GUCAGUAGAGGGUGGUCAGUGGUGAAGAUGAGCUCGGUGCCGGACUGGGUGCUGAUCUCCCUGAUUGCGGCGCUUGUCGCCCUUCUCCUGCUCACCCUCUUCGGGUUGGCCGUCUAUUCGGGGCUGCUGACCGAGGUGGAGGUGAGGGCGGGACCGCCGCCGAUCCGCGGGGGGGUGGUGGUCGCCUACAAGUUCCGCGUGGGACCGUACGAUGAGAGCGGAAACCUUUAUACGGAGAGCGUCAGCCUGGCGCCCAAACUGGUAUCUGUUGGGGUCUACUACGACAACCCCAUGAAGGUUCCGGUGGAGUUCUGCAGGUACAUAGUGGGCAGUAUCCUGAGCGAAGGCGAUGAGAAGCCGCUGCCGGAUCACGUCCGGAUAUUCCCGCAAACACGGGUUCAAGUUCUGCGUCCUGCCGGAGGUGAACCACGCGGUGAUGGCCACCUUCCCGUACACCACGCCCUUCUCCAUACAGCUCGCCACCACGCGGGUGCACCCUGCGCUGGAGCGCUACGUCAAGGAGAGGAAGCUGUGUGCUCACCCGUACGUGGAGAUCUACAAGGGAGACAAAAUCAUCUUCAUGUGUCCUCUGUCCCGACAAGACGACUUCUAUGUACCGGAAAUGAAGGAGCUUCUGAGGAAGGAGAGAGGGGAGCCGCCACCACCCGAGACUACAGAUGCAGAGCUGGACCCCCUGUUGCUGGAGGAUCAGCUGAGUCUGGAGUUGGUUUCGGAGAAUCAGGAGAAGGAGAGUGAAUCCGUCCAGCAGAGAGAACAGACGGACAGCGCGAGAAGAGUGAGAAGAGUGCCAGCGAGUCGGGGGCCAGCGCCUCCUCCUUUGAAGAGCUGGACUUGGACGGCCAGGCGUCGGGCGCAAAGAGUCAGCCGGACGAUCAGACGGCGUGGAGUAAAAUGCCGGAAACGUGGGACAAGGAGAGUCCCGAAGAAUGA